UCCAGCCGGCAGAGUUUUCCGUCCCGUGUCAGGAUAACAUCGUAAACGAGGACCACCUGACGGUAAGACCGGACUAAAUGGAAGCAGCGGAGGAAACUCUCACUUACCUGCACGACACCGGACCUCACAGGAAGCUGCUCCCAGGGGACAAGGAUGAGAACAGCGCGGACAGGAAGGGCCUCGCCGGCGAGACGCGGAGCGACGAGUCCAACUAUGUGGAUCUGGACCUGAGGCCGGAGGGCGCAAGAACGGUGAAAGUGACUUUCACUGGCGAGGGGAACCAGCUGUCUGUGAUCCAAUGCGACGGCUCGAAGCAGGGGCCCGCGGGCGAGCGGGGGUGCGUCCCCGCGCGUAAUUCGGAUGAGUCCCCUGCGCUGGAGACUCUGCCCAAACCUCCCGACGCCGAGCGGGGAUUGGACAGCGACGCGCUCGGCCCCAGUGACUGCAGUGAGCGUGUGUGCGGCGGGGGCGACGAGCUCCAGUACACGGACAUGUAUCUGAACAGUAAGACCGAGUCCGACGACGGGGCCAGCGCGGUGCUGUCCGACCACUGCGGCUCCGACGCCGUGGAGGACGAGUCCCACUACAUCACGACGCACGAAAUCCAGCUGACCGAGCUCGACCACGACGUCGACUACGACCUGGGCCGCGGGACCUGUUGGGAGUUCGAGGACGACAACCUGGUGUAUUCCUUUGUGGAUUACGCGUCUUUCGAGAGCGACGACACGCGGCAGGGGACUCUGAUACUGGAGGGCAGGAGCCGGGCGAGGGUGCAGCCCAAACUCGGCGGCGCCGAGCUGGAGGAGAGUGAUCCCUGUGACUCGGACAAAUGCGCCAGCUCGGACGAAAGCGUGGGCAAGAGCCACGGCGGCGACGCGCACACGGGCGAAAUCCACUUGUCCAUAAAGACCUCGUCCAGAGCGGUGAACGAGCGCGUCGGCGUCCCGGAGAGCGGCGCCCGUGGCCACCCCAAACACUUCUCCCUGGUGAGCUCCGGCGCCAGAGCGGGGCCCGUGUGCGACGGAGCCCAGUAUUUCAUCCCCGCCCCGGGCCGCCAGCACCUCGCCACCAAACUGAGGCGGAAGGACAUCAACGAGUAUUCCAGCGGAGCGUCCAGCUCCAUCAGUGAGCUGGACGACGCCGAUAAGGAGGUGCGUAAUUUAACCGCCAAUUCUUUCCGCAGUCUGGCGUGUCCAUACUUCGAUGCCAUUAAUCUUAGCACCUCCAGCGAGUCCUCCAUGUCGGAGUAUGGGCUAAAUAAAUGGUCGGCCUAUGUGGACUGGAAUUAUGGAAACAUAUCGCAGGGGCGAGAGCGCGGCGUAAUUGCGCACACGACCUCCAGUGCAACACUGGAAAUGAAUAAGACCGUGGACAGUAAGAGACACGACACGAAAGCUCCACAAACCAAAAUGCACUCGACGAACAAGAGAUCGACUUCCCAACACGGUUCGAGCAAAAAGGUCAAACUGAAAGAUCCGGUUCAGCCCAAACAGCGCGGCGUCACACUGAAUUUCCGCUGUAACGUCGAGGCGCCCGAAGGAACCAUGCGUCCAAAAUGCUCCAAGAAUCCACGAGCCAAUGAGGUGAGCGGGCCCGUGUUGGCCAGGUCAGCAUGUGACACGCAGUAUCAUCCCGCGGAGAGCACGGGGGGCACGCACAAAAGGGCUGUCUUUGCAUCAAGUCUUUUGAAAAAUGUGAUUUCCAAAAAGAUGCAGUUUGAACAGGAGCGCACAAUGGAAAGGAGUCUCGGAAGAGGGUUUCAGAGACAAACCUCAGAAUCCGGCUCAGGGCUGAGUGUUACUUCUGACGAUCAACGCCUGGAGGACAGUAGACCCAGUUCCUGUGGGCCUGCAGAGGAGCAGCAGACCAACAAAGCAUCACAGGAGGCAGAAGGGGGACCUCCGAAAGCACCGCUCAGCCACAGUCAGAGUAGUGCAUUCAAUGCAUUGAAAGUAGAGGAGCCAGAACCUGUGCAGGAGGCCGAGCCAACAGCCGUGAGCGAGUCCACAGCAAAGGAAGAAUUGGACACGAGCAGCCGGCUGACAAAACUGCUUUUUGUUCCGAGCUGCCAGCUUCUUUCAAAAGAGAAGGACUAUACAGAAGACCUGAGCCACACACCUGCCACAGGCACACCGGCUGACCCACAGACAGGCAAUCAUGGAAAAACAACAGGCAAAGACGAAAUCGAGAAGGGGGGCAAGACGCCCGAGAUAAAGAUUUGUCUGAGGAGUGUGAAGGAAAAUAAAGGCUGUACACUGAAUAUUGCCAACCUGUUAACCCCUAAAAUAAGUCACAACACCGUUGACACAUUCAGGACAGCAGGCGAUGCCAAAUGCCACGUUUUGUCUGCAACAGACAAAACCCCAAACUUUACAGUCAGAGACAUACGAGACACCAAAUGCAAGUUUCAAACGCCAAUAUAUCGUGUCCGGGACGUGCGGAAAUUGGUGAAAAGCUCGUAUCGCUUUGUCUCUCUGGACAACAGUGAGAGUAAAUGUUCCACAGCAGCUGAUAAACUUGAGGAAAAGGGCAAAACGGAACCCGUUAAACAUAUAUCACCAUCUCCUAUUGUGAUCAAGUGUCACUCUGUGAAAACAAACGUCAAAUCACAGGCCACAGAGGCAUCACAGAAGCGAGCAGAGGCGAGCGUCCCGUGUGAAAUAUCCCAAAGUGAAAAUGCACCAUCACAUUGCAUGACUGGCAGGCUGCCACCCUUUGUAUGCAAACAGCUACACGAGCCCAUCGUACCAAAACAGGCUGCGAUAGAGAAACUUAAAGCUGCCGUCAAAACAAUGGAGCAGCUUUAUGUUUUCGAUAGAAAUGAAUGGAAGCGUAAAACUCAAGUUCCACAACCCAUCACGGACAGCCACGUGCUUUCACUUAUUGCCAGCGAGGAGCACCGUGCAGAGCAGCUGGAGACAACAAGCGCCGACAGGAUCCCUCAGGCUUUGGCAAACACCACGGAAACAGGCAGACAGCAGGAACGUGGAGGGGCUGUGAAUAUCAUACGUGUCCCAUGCACCGCUGACGCCUUCAAAACACAAUCCCAGCAAAGUAAAGUGUUCAGUAACAAAAGUGUCCUUCGUUUUGGCAACGGCAAUAAGGCACGUGUCACUAUUAGUUCUGUCAGUAACUCUACUCCACAAAGCUCUGUGCUGCAAACAUCAUCGGCGAUGAAAAGCUCCAGGGCGCCGGCAGCGCCACUGUCAGUGAAAAUAGAGCCGCCGAAACCCGUCCAGGUGGAGCAGGGAAAGGUCAAAAUCAUUCCCACCAAUCCCACUGUCACACAGUGUUGCUCCGACUCGGAGAACUAUUUAACCAUACCGGGGCUGGGGUACACGAGUGAAAUCAAACUGCUCAAUCGAGAGCCUGUCUCGAGCGAAGCAAGUCAGGCCCACACAGGUGACGGCAAGACACCUGAGUGGAGAAGAUCUCCGUUAAUCAUGGAGUACCCAGCUACGAGCAUCUAUCAUCACUCUGCAGCACCAGCAGCAGCAACGGGGCCACAGACCCAACAGCAGGUGUUGUGCUUCUCUCCCUCUGACCCCACUGUGAUACCUACCUCUUGCACCAGAGAGACAGCCCCACAAACCCAGCGCAAGAUGCUUUUGGACCCCACAACGGGCCAUUAUUACCUGGUGGACACUCCCAUUCAGGCCACUACUAAGCGACUGUUUGACCCCGAGACAGGCCAGUAUGUCGACGUACCCAUGUCCCAUUCGCCUGUGGCACCUGUGGCGCCCGUGCCUCUCUCAUUGUCCCCCCUCCCGCUGAGCCCGGGAGCCUACGCCCCCACCUACAUGAUCUACCCAAGCUUCAUCCCCUCGCCCACUCUCGCAGCUCAGGCGGUGUUGCCACAGUCUCCGUGUCACCCUGAGGAUGCGGGUGGAGACGAGGUCAAAAAGGCCAGAAGUCCGAGGCUGGACACCAACGCGACAGGCGCCGAGUAUUACAGCGCAACGGGAGAGACUCCACAGGGGCCACUGCAGCUACCUGUGAGUUUGGGACACGUGGCCACCAGAGGAGGCGGAGCGAGCUCCGAGAGGAAGCCCGUUAUCAGCAUCACAACGCAACAAGGCCCAAGAAUCAUCGCCCCGCCUUCCUUUGAUGGAACAACGAUGAGCUUCGUAGUGGAGCAUCGGUGACCUAGAAAACAUCUCGUAAUACACACAUCUCCCGUGAAGAAUCUGCCUUCAUUCAACGUAAGUGCAGUUUUCCUCCCCGUCCACCCUGCGAUCGACGCCCCAGGACAACUUCCAACCACAAUUUCUACCCCCACUUUGUUGAGUUGUUUAUCCUUGCAGCAGACAUUACUGUAUACUCUAUGCAUUGCAGCACUUUGUAGGGUAACCGCAUUAAGCCAUGUCCUCUGGCUGAUGCUCUGCCAUGUUGCUAUAUGAAUCAGCUUUGAAUUACUUUCCAUUCAGCUGCUGUCUAUAACACUUAUCGCUGCUUGGGCCCUGCGACGUGUCUAUUCAAAAGGAAACAAGGCAGGUCCUCUAUUACAGUUUAGUGCCACGUAUUAGCUAAACCACCAUUUUAUAAUCACGAGUUAGCUUGUCUUGAAGCAAGUCUAUGUAACUUACAAAAACAAAAACGUAUUAUCCUGUGGCCAAUGAAAAGUUGAAUUCGUUAGCAAUAACAUGCAACUUGCUAAGAUCAAUACACUCAGAUUUGCUGCUACAACCUCCCUUGGUUUGGUAUGACAAUGUUGGCUAAUGUUAGCAAAUAUGAUACAUAUGAUAGAAAGAUAUUUGACAGGUGUCAUUGUGAAACUGGAAUUACACUAUUUUUUUAAAUGCCACAUACAUUUUUUAGUGCUUUCAUCACAAAGGUAAAGCAAGAAGGAAACACAUGUUUCUUCAACAGGCAACAUGCUUGUUGUUUCCUGCAUGAGGUCCCAUUAUACUUUUCUGACAUAGAUUUAUAAAGAGUGGGAUACAUUCUUUUUUAAAGAUACAUCUGGAAAACUUACACUGCAACCUGCAAAUACUAAAUCAGAGUGGACCAUGUUCAAAGAACAGGCACCUGUGCAUCUUGCAACCAAACAACCUGCUGGUGGACACCGGUGCUAAAAGAGGCUAUCGAAAUGAGAGAGGCUUCCUUUCAGGCUUGGUUGUUCCCAGGGUUCUUGUGAAACAGCAGAGAGAGUGGCUAUCAGAAGUGUCAAUCUGUGGACACAUACAAAAAAACUAUUGGAGUAUCUGUGCUAUAGGGGGAGUUUGGAAAGGUCUGGGCAAAUUACUUUUGGCCAAUUCAUCAGAUGACUAGAGGAUGAGGCAAGGCUUCUUUUUUUUUAGAAUAAGAGAAGAACUGUUUAAAGACCUUGUUUCUGGAUAUUGUUGGCGGGAGGAACUCUUUGAGGAACUCCUGAACCUGAAUGACAGAUCCUCCUUAGAGGGGGCAGAGGUGAAAGGCUUAGGGAUGGUUUUGUCCAUUUAGCUGUGGUCACUGAGGUAGUCAAAAACUUUCACAGUGGCAAGGGCACUGGCGGUAGAUGACGUUUCGCCCUGAGAAAGGCUCAUUGUGUGGCUGCCUUGUUAUUGUCAUGUGGAAGUAGAAGCACCAGGGCCAUUACUGUGAGCCAUUUGGUCCUUCUGUACAGAAGGGGAAUCUGUGUCUUCUCAGUGGGCCUUUAGUUUGACUAUGGUUGUUGGGGUAAAACUGUGAAGGUAAUAGGGAAUGUGAUAUUGACGGGCAGAAUGGUGCAACAUCUGCAGUAAAGCGGGAAUGGUGCAGCCGACCGGUGUGGUGAAGAGAGAACUGAGCCUGAAGUCGAUCUGCUGCAUUCCAACCCCGACUUAUAGUCUUUAGCUUUAGAUAAUGACUGAUUUAAUGAGAUUGCAUACACAAGAGGCCAAAAUUAGUUGCGUGGCUGAGCACACCCUUACAGAGGUUGAGAAGCUCGAACAUGCGGAAGGAGCUAAGGAACCACUGCGUUCUUGUGCUAAAAGGAUUCAUCCAGAGGGGCUUGCACCUCUGAUUAGGAUGACUCCUAGUUGCCUACCUUUGGAGCUAGUCCAAUCACAUUGAACUGUAAGGAGACCAUGGGCAACCCCAGAAUAUGCUGGAGGGAUUACAUAUCCCAUCUGACCAAGGAAUGCCUCAGGGAUCCUCCAGAAAAAGAUGGAUGACAUGACUAGAGAGAAUGACACUUAGCUUGCCUUGCUUAGCCUGCCGCCACCAUGAUCAUGGAUCAGUGGUGGGAAAUGGAUAGAUGCAUGGACAGUUUUAAAACAAUUCACAGAACACCAGACAACAACAAACAAUUUUGAAUUGUUGUAAUAUGAAUUUUUAAUUUGUUUGUGAAAUUAAGCAACAAAGUAAAGCAUAUAGGGUGAGCUGUUGGAGCCAGAGAAAGACACACUAAUUUGAAUAUGAGAUGGGUUAAUCAUGAAGACCCUCAUUUUUAUGGCCUAUGCACUUGAUUAGGAGCUUUUUCUGAAUGAAUUGGCAGCAUCAUGGCAUUCAGUAUCUGGUGCUUGUAUUUAAUCCAUGGUUCUGGUUACUAAUGUUGAUAUCUUCAACCUACUGUGGUAAAUGACAGGGAAUUCAGUGUGGCAUUAUCUGGUGAUUGGUUCUCAGGUUUUUCGUGGCUGCUGUUAAGUUACAUAAACUUAUUCUAAUUCACCCAAUAAGACAAUUAAUUAUAGUAAAUGCAACAUAUAAUGUGUAUUUUUACACAAUCUUUUCAAGAACAGGGACCAUAUGUCUGCACUGAAUUAACAAAUGAUGGGGUAAUGUUAAGUUUCUUUAGUCAGAGCAGGAUUUUUUUUUUCAAAUUCUGCAUUUCAAAAGAAUGUUUCUCAAGUUAAAAGUAGUCAAAUUAUAAAUAUCUGACUUUGAUGUGUAUCAUAUUACUACCCCAUUUUUUCACACUUGCAAUAACAUUUCCAUGUUUUUUAGGAGCUGGUGGUUGAUGUUCUACUGAAAGUCUAUGUAUCCUCUGUGUCAUGACUAAGAAAAAGCUGCUAAUACCUGCACAACUGAUAUGCUGUAUGAAUUGGUGUAUGUGAUUUUUUUGGAUUUUUUUUUAAAUUCACACACUUUGUAUGUAACAGUGAGAAGAACAGAGAAACACACCGAGUGUGUAGCUCAGAUCUAGCAGAGCUGGGACUCUGGUUUAACAGUGUACUUGGGUUAUUAAGUAGUGUUGGGCCUAAUGAGUCAGAGCCAGCUUAGACAUUUAGGGGAUAACUUCCUCUACUGGUCUUAGUUUAUUGUACACUUUUGUGUCAUGAGAUGGAAGUUACGUUGCGUGUGCGUCUGAAUGUGUUUGCGUGUGUGGCUGUGAGUUAUGUAUGGCAUUUCAGCAUUCUGUGAUCGUACAACAAGGAGUCAUGUUACUUUGCUGUAGACAGGAGCAAACAGACUGUACAUGUGCUGGGUGUGUCUUUAUACUUGACACACAGCAGUGUCAUUUUCUCUUGUUUAAACUACUUGACCUGUAUAUAAAGCAAACUGCUUUCUGUACAAUUAAGUUCUGAUUUUUUUCUAUUUAUUUUCUCUGUCCUGUUUCCUUUUGAAUACGCAGUGGGGCAUCAUAUGUCAUUGUGCUUUACUUGACUCAGUUAUAACAGCUUCUCAUGUGGGAAUAAUGCAAAACAUAGAUUGCUAUUUUAAGCAUGUUUCAAAACUUAACAAAUUUUGAAGGUAUUUGGAGCUGCUGGUCAGACUAUGUACCUUAGUUCUGUAAAAUACAAGUUAUCUGUGAAAACAGACUUUAUAAAAAAAAUUGCCCUAUGAGUUGAUUUCAUUAUGAUUUCAUGCAGUGAUUUGGAAGAUUUGUUGUUUAUGGUGCAGUAGAUUGGACAUUGUUUGCUCCUUAGAUCAAAUUGGUGUUGCAACAUUUAAUGCAUUUGAGGUGAAAUGUAAUUAAAAUCUCUUCAUUUAAUUAUUUUAAUAAUUAUUUUAAAUUUAUUUGUCCUUGAGGCAGUUGAGAAUUGUGCAAUUAAAACAUUUGUUCAGAAAUAAUAAUACAUGUUGUAUAAAAAUUACAUUUAAGAAUAACCAAAGAAACUUUUGUUAUUGUGAACAAGUCCAAAUUGAGAGAUUUGAUAGUCUACCUCCUGCCAGAGAGUUGUGAAAAUGUGUUUGAACAGCAAGUUGCCAAAUGUGGAAGAAAAUAAUAUAUUUGACUAAUUUCCGUUGAUUUAUUUUAGCACAUUUACAUACCAUUUUGAAACCCUGUGAAGAAUAACGUCAAUCAUAAAUAUAUUUUAAUUUUUAAGCUCCAAUAAACCAGCGAUUCUAAUGUCAUAAACAUAAAACCCACAAAAACCUUUCUCGUGGACAUUAGUUUCUUGUAUGACCUUAAUCUGUGAAUAAUAAUAAUAAUGUACUUAAUGCACUUGGAUUAUCACUAUUUUGUCACCAACUAUGACAGCAAUGAAUGGCUGUAAACCUUGGUGAUAGCAAGAGCACCAUGUCAACUUACAGUAUUGUAAAGUGAAACAUUUGGGAUCGUUUCUGAUUAAUCUUGCCCAAAGAUGCACUGAAAUAUAGAUAAUAUCCUGUGUUUUAAAACAUUCUUCCAGGUGUCCCUCAACAAACCUGCAGACUUUGAGGUUAAAUAUGGAAAACAGACUGUAUUAAUGCUUGAUUUUGGAUAAGGAAAGAGGGUUAACCGGAGGUGAAAUGGCUUGAGAUAAGUGCUUAAAGUUUGUGAAUGUUGAAAAAAAAGGGGGCAUAUAUUUGAAUGAAAUGCCUUCAUGGCUGCAAAGUCAUAAAGUGGUAUUUGAAAGUAUUCUCUAUGUUUUAUGCCUGAUGUAAACCGUGUUGCAUGGCUGCCCCCGAGAAAGACAGAGGUCAGGAUGACGGCAGUGCGGUGCCUUGAAAGGAGAAAUAAGUGCUGUGUUUGCACUUACACACUUGAAAGCAAUGACUAUGAUGAAUGUGUGUAAUGUAGACUGACAAGCCUACAUAUGUUUGCAAUAAAUCCAAAAUGCAAGCUACUGAA